AUGGAUGUGGCAACUUCUGCCUCUAGUUAUGUGACCUCUCCGGACGACCGUAUCAAGCUCAACGUCGGCGGGAAGCUCUUCCAGACGACGCUUGCCACCCUUCGUUCCGGUGGUUCGGAUUCCCUACUCACCGCUCUCUCCCUCCGUGACACCGGCGAUAACCACCCAGUUUUCAUUGACCGCGACCCCGAGAUCUUCUCCGUCCUCCUCUCUCUCCUCCGCACCAAGCAGCUCCCCUCCACGGCUCGUCGUUUCUCCAAGCAAGAACUCGCCGAUGAAGCCCUUUACUACGGCAUCGACGCCCAACUCAGGUCGGCCAUGGCGCCGUCACCAUUGGAUGGGAUCGACGCCUCUGGCACCGCAACAAUUCGACCGGCGUCUGAAGGCUUGUCUACCACUUUCACUGCCGCCGAGGUCGAUGGAUCCAUUUGGAUAGCCCACGGUGGUCAGAUUUCUUGCUACGACUGGAAUCUCAGCCACUCAUGCACCAUUCGAACUCAUCUAGACGAAAUUGAUUCGAUUUGCCGUGUCUGGCCCGAAAUUGUGGCUAUAGGGUCAGAAUCCAACGCGGGACUACACUUCUACGAUUUCUCCGAUGGGCGCAACAUCGGGACGGUUCAGUGGACUGAUCCUUCUGAUCCCCGUAUCUUCAAGGCCCGAGUGAACGCAAUAGCUGGCUCAGAGAGUUCCAUUUUUGCGGCGUUUGAUUGCCCGCACAGAGAGAAUUGUGUCCUUGAAGUAGAUAAAACAAAGCUUCAGGUCGUGUCUCAGCUCGCUAGACAAUCUGGUAAUCAGGCUAAGCAUACGGUUCCUGGGAAGCUGACGUGGGUACCCCAGACCGGCGUGCUUGUCGGAAGUGCAGUUACGAGCGGGGCUUUUGGAUACUCUGGCUACAUCAGAUUGUGGGACCCUCGUUCCAGCGAGGUGGUGUGGGAGACGAAUGAGCCGGGUGCAGGUAGAAGCAGUAGGUUUGGGGAUUCGUUUGCGUGCGUGGACGUCGACGUGGAAGGCUUGGCUUUGUUCAAGCUCUGCUCUCAAUCCGGGGAUUUGGCAAUGGCGGACAUGCGGCAUUUAAAAGAGGAUCCGUGGAUUUAUUUGCAAGAAAAGAACCCAAGCUUGGUGAACACCGGGAGAGUUAGCAGCAGUGUGAUUCAUUGUUACAGGAAGCAGGUGUUUGUCGGGAGAGAGGGUGAUUUAGAGGUUUGGUCCAGACUCGAAGGGAUGAAAAAUGGUGCAGAAAUAGCUGGUGGAGAUGCUGAGGGUUUGUAUAGAAGAAAUUUCGUGGAUAAAAUAGAGAAUUCAGAGAGGGGGAUUAUUAAGCAGAUCGAUGGUGGUGGGAACAGGUUGUUUAUUAGCAGAGAAGAGGUUGAAGGUAUUGAAGUGUGGGAGAGUUCUUGUUCUUCUGGGGCGAUUUCGGUUUUGUGA